GAUCAGGCGAGCAUUGGACACUAGCAUCACAGUCCCCAGCUGUCCAGCGCGGAACAGCCCCGGAGCCGGCCCCACAUUAGCAGUGCCGAAUGCCCCCCAGUGGUAGGAUAGCCGGCGCAGCUCGGCAGCCUGUCAAUGCUGGUCCAACCCCUCAGAUGAGCCCUAAUGCUCAGCCAGAUAUCCGCCCCUUUGUGACGUGCGUGAAGCGCCUGGCGGGGCGGGGCGCGGAGGCCGGGGGCAGCCUGCGGUCUGUGCCCCUGGAAGACCUGGACCUUUUGCGACCGGUUGGCUCCACGGCCGGCAACUGCGAUGAGCUAGCUAUCGCGCUGAGGUUUCGGGGAAGUAGGGAGUUCUGGCACGCAGCACUGGCGGUGCACGCCUAUCUCGCCCGCGACUGCCAAGCUGUGUGCGAGGCCGCGGGCCAGCUGCGGCAACAGCCCAACCAGCCAACAGGCGCUACAGGCGCGGAGCCGCCGCGCGUGGCGCAGCUGCAUCAGGAGCAACUGAGGAUUGCUGGCGCGCUGGGUGUGUUGGCGAAGACGUGCUUCAACCUCAAGGCCGUCGCGUCACCCGAUACCGCCGACGGCUCGCGUGUGCUGGCGCUGCUGCGGGGCGACGCACUGCAGGUGUACUCGGCAGUCCUCAAGGCACUCACUCGCAGCGUGGCGCCGGUACCUGAGCUGUGCGACGAGGCGCGCUUGAUCUCCACGCUGCUACUGUUUGUGGUCUGGGCCGCUGACAUCAGCGUGGCGCGCAUGCGCGCCGGCGACGUGUCGGUGGCGGUAGAGUGGGCGCUGGCGAUGGCGGCCAGCCGUGUCCUGGAACACGCCUGCUGCGCGGUCCUGCACCUGCAGGGCGGUGUCGCAAUUGCACGGGCGGCGUGUGCACCGAGCGCGGAGGCCAGGCUGAAGCUGCAGUUGGAGGUCGAGUGCACGGACCAGUUGGUCCUGUGUGACGUGCUGGGGCAGCUGUGCAAGGUAAUCCAGGUCGCUGCCGACAUGCAAGCUGCAGCUGUGGCCCUAGGCUCAGACGCGACGGCUUGCGGCGGCGGCAGCAGCAGCAGCCCCGCUGGUGCAGCAGCUGCGCCAGCGAGCGCCGGCCCUGCUGGCUGCGGUGCCGACCAGCGGCAGCGGUGCUCGGUGCAGCUCCUGCCGUCCCUGCGGUCCGUGCUGUGCGGCAGGAGCCUGAACUACUGGGUUGUGAAGGGGCUGCUGGACGCUGGGAACGCGGCGGUCGAGUGCAGCAACCAGUUCUCGGGCAGGCUUCUCGAGGCGACGGAGCUGAGGGAAAAGGCCACUGGCGCAAUGGUAUCAGAGCAGCUGCAGCAAGCGAUUGAGCAACGAGGCGCCGGACUGCCGGCGCGGUGGCUGGGCCUGCCGGAGCAACACCGCACAUUGAAGUCCGACUUUGAGCGAGCGGGCGACACGCAAGGCGAGGCCGGGGUCAGCAGUGCGCUGCCAUUGGGCCCUCUUCUAGUCGGCGUCAUGCGGGAGGGCCGCCUCAUGGUCCGGCUGAGUGACAUGUACUUCCAGCUCGUCAUGGCAGCUCGCCAGCUGUGGCAGGCCAUAAACGCAAGCCCAGGCGCUGGUGAGGCGGGCAGCAGCACCAGCAAUGCCGCCGGCCGCAGUGCGGCAACCAGCCGCGCAGCGGCGCGCAGCCCCUUCACCGCCGCGCAAGUCUGUGCAGCGAUGUGCCAUGGGCUGGAGUCUAUCGGCGGCAUGGGCAUGGCGAUGCAAGAACUGGUCGGCUCCCCGCUCGGCUACCGCGCAGAAAUGGGCGCUGCGGUGCAGAUGCUGUGCGGGCUCGCGAAGCAGCUGCGGGCGCGCCAGGCUGUGCGCUUGCUUGGCACGCUGUGGACGUGCGCCGCAGUCCUGCUGUCGAUAGUGCCUGCCUCUGCAGCACGCGGCGACCUGUCGGCUGCGGUGUUGGAACAGUCCGUGGCGCCGGCGCUAGAAGCCAUGGGCUCGCUGUUGCUGCACACGUAUGCUGGAGAAAACAAGAUCAAGCUUUCAGGGCGCGUUGGCGGCUGCUGCACGAGCCUAACAGCCGCUAGCUACGCACGGGGUAUCUACCAGCUGCGCUCUUGCCUGCGCGACACGCUACGGCCUCCUUCAGGCGGCCGGGCGGCCGCGGAGCGGCAGGGUCAGCUGCGCGUGGCCCUCACCGACCGGUUCCUGCGGCGGUCGUGCGCUCUGCCUGCGCUGCUGACCUUUGGGAAGCCGGACGAGACGGGCGGACUGUUGGUUGCGCUGCGGCAGGCGAUGUUUGUGCCGGCCGUCACGGCUGCAGGCGCAGGGCCCAGCGGCAGCCGCGCACCGCCACCGCCGGCGGGCGGUGACGUGCAAAACCAGAUGGUGCUGCUCGGAGUGCAGCUGCUGGAGCAGGUGGCGGCGGCAUGCCUGCAGGCGCCGCCUUCGCGGCGGCGGCCAGCUGCCAAGGGCGCCUCCGCACGCGGCGGCUCGGCUUCGCCUGUGGACGACGAUGUAGCGGCGCGGCUCACGGACACGGCAAAGUGCGACGUGCCGGCCGAGCGCCUGCAGCGGCUGUGGGCGGCGGCGGAGCCCAAGGGCGCCGCUGCUGCUGCGGAGGCUGCCCGCGACACCGGCUCGCGCAUGGCUGUAUACGCGGUGCUGCAGCUGCUGCCCGCGGUCGUCCACUCCGGGCUUGCGGGGGCGCUCAGCAAGGCCCAUAAGGACUUCACAGUGGGCCUCAGUCGGGUCUUCUUGGCGGUGGCGCUGCGCGCGCUCGAGGUGGUGCAGCGCACCGCGCGGCAGCGGGCAGCGGGCGCCGUCCCGGCUGGCGCGUCGGCGAGGGGCAGAACGGUGGAAGAGAUAUUCGCGCAUGCCGCCGUUGACUCGUGGAUGCUGCUGCUGGUGGACCAGGCGGGCGUGUACCAGUGGCUGGCGGCGGCGCUGGGUGUGUCCACGGCGCAGUGCUGGCCCGAGGGCCACGCGGCGGCGCUGGACGUGGUGGAGGUGCUGACGCUGGUGGUGCCGGCGGAGGAGCUGGCCAUGUGGGUGCGGCUGUGGUCGGGCGGGGCAGAGGCGCAGCCGCCUCCGGGCGCCCCCGCCUCCCCGCAUGCGCCGGUGAUCCAGCUUGGCGAGGCCUGGCUGGCGCAGCAUGGCCGGGGGAAGCUGGUGGCCGCCCUGAAGGACAAGGGCUGCUACGUGCCGGCAGAGGCCGGCGGCCGCGCCUCGGGGCCGGCUAGGGAUGACGGCGCGGGGGUCGCGUCGCUGCGGCUCGACGUGGUCAUGAAGCACCGGCUGCCAGCCCUGCCGCCGCUGGUGUGCCCGAUAGACGCGGUUCGCGGCCUCGACGUGGAGCACAACUUCCGGCCUUGCAGCCAUCCCGGCUGCACGCGCGUGCCGGCAAGCCCUGGCAUCGUGCCUGAGGUCGCGUCUGAGCUGCCGACCAUGCGGUGUGGCCGCUGCCGGGUGGAAAGCUACUGUGGGGCUGAGUGCCAACGGGCGCACUGGCGGGCGGGGCACAAGGAGGAGUGUCCGCGUCUGGCCCAGAUGCGGACGGACCUGGAGAGCGCGUCUGUGAUGAUGCACUUUGGUUUCUUAAGGGUUUGAAAGAGAUGCAGUUCCAGACACGGUGGAGUGAGAGGGUGCUUGGAUGCAGAGAGUACGGUAACCUGUAAAUGCAUAGCUGAGGCGGAUUUGCGUUACGGCUUGUGCAAAUGUCGAAAGCAACUGGGCAAUGAAGGGCUGGGCGGUAUGCAACCGAUUGUAGGUGCAGGCGUGCGGUGCUGGUAUAUGAGGAGCGUGGGUGUGUGGUGUGCACUUUCACGAUGUCAAGCUAAUUGAUUACAAGGUCGGACCGGCCAAUCGAGCGCGAAGAUACCGUAUAGUGGGGGGUGGGGGUGCGGUAAAUGCAACGCAUCACUGGUGACUCUACACAUGGGUGCAAGACUGCAUAACUCUUAACUUGUCAAACCAUACGACGUUAUAAAAACGUUACGUCACUAGUGAUUCUUGUUUGGGAGUUUUGGGCGCUCAACGUUUACGGAAGGUCAGGGUUUACCUUUUC